AUCCAACAAGCUUAUUGUUUUUCCCAGUUCUCUCUCUCUUCUCUCUUAAAAAUCUUUCAGAGAGAGAGAACUUGAAUCGUCGCCGGCUUCAUUCCGGCUUCGUCUUCUUCUCUAUCACCGGUUCUUAUCCGGUUUUGAUUCCCGUAGUUCGGGCUUCUGACUCUGGUAAGAGGUGGUUCUCAAAACACCUUCUUAUCCGGCUUUCUUCUCGCUUCAUCGUCCGUCUGUGAUGGUGAUGGUGAGCUUGGUUCCGGUUCUCCGGUUCCUUUGUUUUACUUUUUGACCAUCGCUUCCUGGUUGUAUCUGCGGCGAUUGACUCUCGAUAAGAAGAUCGGACUGUUUCCUCCUCCCCUUGGAUAGGGUUGUUUCAUCUUCGAGCUCUUCUACAUCUUUAAAGAUGUCUGUUUCUCGUGUUCAGGUGAGUCCGAUUAUUCAGAUCGAUUGAAGACAAUCGAUUCAUCCAUCUUUUGAAGCGUUGGUCAUUUGGUUCUCAAUCGGCUUGGAAGUUCUUCGCUACGGUGCUCGUUCUGAGCUUACUCCCCUGGUCGUGUUGACGGCUUCGUCUUCCGGUGAUCGGAGCUCCGGCGAGGAUCUUUUCCCGGCGAUUAAGGUGAUGACCUUCAAAGCACGUGUCCCCAUCAGCUAUGCGUCUAUACACGUGUCUAGCCUAUCAUCGGCGUGCCAUUUCCCUCUGCGAAGGCUGCUACGCCUUAGUUUUUUGGGCCUUUGUCUAGGUCUCGUUUAUUUCUUUAGCUUUGUCUGGGCCUUCUUAUUUUGGGCCUCACCUUGUAAUUAUUUGUGUUGCUGGACUUCUGUCCAUGUUUAAUAUUUAUAAGAUGACAAAAAAAAAAAAAAAAAAAAAAAGCUUAUUGUUUUUCCCUGAUAUUUUUAAUUAAAAAAAGUUAGGUCAGUUGUUUAAUCAGAAAUUAAGUUCUGUCCCCUUCCUUCCUUAUUUUUUUGUCUAGAUUUAUUCCAGAUCAAGUAUACUUCUUCUUCCUUCUUUUUUAAGUCGUGACGUUUGCAGAGAUCCUCUCAGACUCGUGCUGAAUCUGGUUGACACACACGAGAUGGGUUCUACUUCUAAGUCAGUUGUUGAUAUGAUUGAAGCUUCUUCCAAGGUUCAUUACUCUGGUUUUCACAUGAACGGUCAUAUCAAUGGAGUGGAACCAAGUGCAGCAUUACAGGGAACUACUGACAUUCAAAGGCAGCCUUUUGUGAUUGGUGUUGCUGGAGGCGCAGCAUCGGGGAAGACAUCUGUUUGUGAUAUGAUUAUUCAGCAAUUGCAUGAUCAGCGUGUUGUUCUUGUUAACCAGGACUCGUUCUACCACGGUUUGACUGAAGACGAACUUGCUAGGGUUCAUGAGUACAACUUUGACCAUCCAGACGCAUUUGACACCGACCAUUUGUUGUCCUGUAUGGAGAAACUGAGGCAAGGACAAGCUGUGGAUAUCCCAAAAUAUGACUUCAAAACUUACAAAAGCAGCGUUUCAAGAAGGGUAAACCCUUCGGAUGUAAUAUUACUUGAAGGGAUACUUCUAUUCCAUGAUCCACGAGUCCGAGGAUUGAUGAACAUGAAGAUCUUUGUGGAUACUGAUGCUGAUGUACGCUUGGCAAGAAGGAUAAAACGAGAUACGUCUCAAAAUGAUAGAGAUAUUGGCACAGUACUCGAUCAGUACUCAAAGUUUGUGAAGCCUGCUUUUGAUGACUUCAUUCUUCCAACGAAGAAGUAUGCAGACAUCAUCAUUCCUCGUGGUGGGGAUAAUCACGUAGCUAUUGACUUAAUCGUGCAACAUAUUUGCACCAAGCUGGGCCAGCAUGACCUCUGUAAAAUAUACCCUAAUCUAUAUGUUAUACAGUCAACAUUUCAGAUACGAGGGAUGCACACCCUUAUACGUGAUUCCCAGACAACCAAACAUGAUUUUGUCUUUUAUUCUGAUCGAUUGAUUCGGCUGGUUGUAGAGCAUGGUCUUGGUCAUCUGCCUUUUAGUGAAAUGCAGGUCAUCACUCCCACCGGAUCUGUAUAUUCUGGUGUGGAUUUCUGUAAACGGUUAUGUGGUGUCUCCGUGAUUAGAAGUGGUGAGAGCAUGGAGAAUGCGUUGCGGGCAUGUUGCAAAGGUAUCAAAAUAGGGAAGAUCCUAAUUCACAGGGAAGGCGACAACGGUCAACAGCUUGUUUAUGAGAAACUUCCUAAUGAUAUCUCGGAAAGGCAUGUCCUCUUGUUGGAUCCUAUCCUCGGCACAGGAAACUCAGCAGUUCAAGCUAUCAAACUUCUUAUAAGCAAAGGUGUACCUGAGGGAAACAUCAUAUUUCUAAACCUUAUAAGCGCGCCUCAAGGUGUUCAUGUGGUCUGCAAGAAGUUUCCAAGAUUAAAGAUAGUAACAUCAGAGAUUGAACACGGGCUAAACGAAGAGUUCCGUGUCAUUCCCGGUAUGGGUGAGUUUGGAGACAGAUAUUUCGGUACCGACGAUGAUUAGAAGAUUGGUGAUUCAGUUACAACCAAAUCAUCUUUAAAAUCUUCUUGUUCCCCCCCAUAUAAAGGAUCCUUCAAGCUCUGGGAACAAUUUUGAUUUACUUCAAGAGUACCACAGUGAGGGGUUUUGAUUGAUCGGACUCAGAACUUGGAACUCGUGUAUCUUACAUAUAUAUUAUGUAUCCUUAAAACUCUUGAUAAAAAAAAACUCCAUAUCCUUUCAAUACAUGAUUUAAGUUUAUUGCA